CGCGGUAUUUUUGGUUUCUCAGCAAUUGGUAUUUAAUUAAAUGCCAUAAACAAGUACCAAAAAUGGACUUGGACGCAGACCUAACAAAGAAGGCGAUUGCCGAGCUGAUGCGCGAGCUCGAAGGCCCGAAUUCUAGUGUCAGCGACCUAAAACAAAGCGAACGCAAAGUGAAUCCUCUGGGCAAACCAAACAAACGCUUCCUUGGCCGCACCAUAAGCACUGCGAUUCGGCAUAAUGAUAGGGAAAGGGAGCGCACGCAGGCGAAUUGCCGGCAGAAGCUGCAAGACCUGGAUGAUGUAUACGAAAGGAGGAAGUCCAACUACUUUUACAGCCGUGAUGCGCCCAGAAAUAAAAGUGUAGACAGAAGCAGAAGUUCCAGCAGAAGGCGUAGCAGGAGUCGCCACAAAAAGUCCAAGAAGCAGCGCAGCCGAAGGAGAAGUAGGAGCAGCAGGAGUUCGAGCCGCAGUCGAAGUCGUAAUAGUUCACAUCGGCGAAAAAAGCAUAAGAAGAAGGUCAAAAAGCACAAAAAGUCACAUAGAAGACGCCGGAGCAGCCAGAGCAGCAGCGAAUGCGAUCGGGAAAUACCGCUUAGCGAGCCGCUACAUGUACCCGCACCUUCAGAUGUAUUCCUUAACCACUCCAAGCAAAUGGCUCUUGCAGUGGCCAUGGCCUAUGGUCAAUUGAUGAACUCGAACACCCAAAAGAAAGCCAGCGAGUCUAGGGAACGCUCCUCCUCUCCUAUAAGCGAUAUAGUCAGGGAACUGAUGUCCGACGAAGAGGUGGACAAGUUCGAGAAGCCCGAGGCCCUGUCCAUUUCAUCCAGCGACGAAGAGCAAAAUGUUCUCACCAUUAAUGUAAGCUCGAGUUCCGAGUCCGGCGGCAGUUCCUCAAGCUCAGACUCCGACUCAGAUUCAAAGUACAGCGCCGGCAACUGUAUAACCCUAGAAUCUGGUAAUAAUAGUGAUAUUGAAAUAAUUGCGUACCAUGAAGAGCCUAAGAAGGCAUCUGAAAAUAAACCUGCGUCUGAACCUGAAUAUCUGUCUCAAUUGGAUAACGCAAUAAAACAGGUGGACGAAUCUACAGCUCUCACUACAGUGGACCUGACUGAGGAUUAAUUAGGCUAAAGUGUAGUUAACAAAUUUAAAUGGUCGUUGACAAGAUCACAAACAAAUUGUAUAUUUAACAAACUGGGAUUGACAUCCCAAAUGUGAACAAUAUAGUUAUUAUAACAAUAUGAAAACAGAAACCAUUGGAGAUUGUAACCCCAAAGACGCUACUCGUUGUUCUAAAGAAAAAAACAUAUCGAGUUUGUUGUAUUACAAAUUGAGUUAAAUAGUGAAAUUUAAUAUAUACCACCGAAUAACUAGUCGAAGCCCUAAUGCGUUUGUUUAUACUUUGGGUAAAAAUAUUUUAUCCGCAUUGGAAUUUUUA